AUGGCAGUGGCCAGUAGGGAGGGACGCUCAGUUAGGAAAGGAUUUGUUCCAUCAUCAGCAUCUCAGGCAGACACAAGUCAACCAUCACACACUACGUCCUCGGAAGCGGCCGAGUCCGGAACAGAAUAUUUGGGGAGCUUACCCGCCGAGGUUGUGGCGAGAUAUGAGACACGGAUUGAGGAGAUCAGAGAUGGCAUGGAUAGUCUCGAUGUUGAAGAACUAAAGGAACACGUUUUGAACGUCCACAUUCCCAUGCGAUCUCGACCUUCGUCGUCCAACAGUGCAAUCUCCGUUGCUCCUCCGCCACUUUCCUACGUCCAGCUCAGCGACUUCAAUGCUGUUAUUACGGCCACUAUUAUGAGGGCGUUGCCCACGUUGUCUCGCCUGAAUAUCCUUCUCAACACAUGGGACGCCCGUCUGCUUGUCUUGCGUCAGAUUCCAGGGCUCCUGAUGUCACUCAAGUCGGCUAGGGCUGCGCUAGACUCUUCCCGAUCGUCCCUCAAGGACCAAAGUGAAGAGAGCGACUUAUUUUCCUUGGAUACGUUCCACUCCAAAAAAGACGAACUUGAGAAGAUGGUUGUGGAAGCUGGCCGCAGAAUGGACAGGAUCCUAGAUGUAUUGGAAGGACGUCCCGACUCCCUUCCAGAGGCCUGGAUAGACGAUCUGGAAACAAUUGAAGCAGAUUUCGCGACAUGGGUGGUUGAAGCUGAAAAACGAGCUGUCGAAAACGAGUUGAAGCGUUUACAGGCGCAAGAGCAGCAACGAAAGAAGGACGCCUCUCUCUCUCCAGUCGACAAAACAGACCAGAACAAAGAAUCAAACAAGCUUACGGGGAAUCCGCAGAACGAACGCGAAAACGGCGAUAAGCCCAUCGAGCUUGUGACUGAGGAGGAAGCGAGCCCCUCUAGCGAAAAGGUCGUCCUUGAUUCCGAAACGAAUGACACAACACCCUCCCCCGACAAUGAUGCAAGAGUCGUUUCGGAAUCGCCUGCUUCAACUGUAUCUGCAGAAGAAGACGCGGAAUCAAGUUCUUUAGACACUCCAGGGAACAAUGAAAUCCCACCUAGUCGCGUCGAAAUAACACCUCAGCCUGAACCCCCUUCGAUCGCAUCGAAUACCUCACAAGAGGGUGAUGAUACGCUGGUGCAAACAAUUCCCUCUUUUAAUGCGCUAGACAAGGCAGUUUCGGUCUCUGAUCCAGCCACGGACACAAAAGGGUCUUCGUCAGUUGAAGCGACUUGCAGAGAUGCACUGGAUGGAGCGGCAGACAGUGGCUCUGAAAGCAGUGCCCUUGAGUCUGGCAAAGAAGUUACAGAGGCUUCGCAUAUCCCUGAUGGCGACUCUGAUAAGUUGCCUCCUAAGACUGAGAAUGAUCCCCAUCAGGUCCCGACAGAUGAAAAAACGAUGGAGUCUUCUGAGACAGAGCCACACUCUGAGGUGCCUGAGAAUAAUCAAGCAGCGCCUUCCCGAUGUGAAGACCUCUCGGAAACUUUGAAUAAUGAGACAAGCAUUUCAGAACAGCCACCUGAUAAUUCUGUCUGUGCUGGUCAUGAAAGAGAAGGACUUGAUUCACCAGCCGAAAUCGCUGCUUCCGCGCCGAACUCCACAAUUGUCUUAUCUACUGAACUUCCAGAAAAUCAAGAAAAGGCUGAGAAUAAACCUGUACGGGGUGAAGAGACAGCUGAACUCGCAAUUGAUAAUCGUCUGUCCGAGUCGCCGAUCAACCCACCUUUGUCGCAUACCCUCCAGACUGAUGGUCUGGAGCCGACCAGAUCCGAUCAGGGACCGGUUGCACCUGAGGAUCCAGAUGAUAGCGCGCUGAAGGCCAAAGAGUUCGUUGGACAAACUCCCAGAACUCCCGAACAUGCUUCGAAAUCCAGACCGGUGAUCCAUCACUCAUUGCCUGGAGAGCAACCGACAGGCCCACAUGGUCCUGCGGAUGACGCUUCUCCUGAGAGGGAUGCAGAGCUUGAUAAAUUCAACGAAUCCCCGUCGAUUGAUGCACCCACUCCUGGACUAACUAGCAAUGGAUCACCUGGCCUCACCAGCACAGACAGCGAGCGCACUAUGCGUGAAGGUCCAUCGCCUCGCCUGGAUCACGAAUUGUUACCCAACCGUCGUUCCUUCCGACACACGAAAGCGGCAAGCCUGCCUUUACAACGCUUCAUCAAUGAGGGAAUCCAUACAAAUUAUGAAUUGAAUGACGGCUUUCAGGCGGAUGAUUAUAGCACACCAAGAGCCUCUGAUGCAUCAGUUGGCAUGCUUGAGAACAACGAGCAGCGGGUUAUGCCAGCGCACAAAAAGAGUCCUACCCCGUCCCCGCCAUUGGAUGUCAAACCUCAGCCAGCUAUUCGACCGGGACGCCCCGGUCUGGUCAGAGGCGCAAGUUCCACGCAAAUUGAGCCUUCGCCCACCCUGCGGAAAGGACAUACGAAAACCAAGUCCAAUACUGCCUUGAGUGACAUUGUCAAUAGCCGUAGCUCACGGCAGAAAUUAGCUCCUUCGACAGAUGUCGGUCCUGGCUCAUCCUCAAAAACAGCGGGCCCUCUAGGCAGAUCAGUGGCCGUCAGACUAGCUGGAGAUCUUCGCAGUCAGCCCAGCAUGGACAGUAUAGGCUCAUUCAAUUCCAAUAGUGAAGCGGGAGACGCGCAGAGCUCUUUUUCCAUGGACGACGAAUCUUUUGCAAUGAUGAAGCCAUUCAGCGAAACCGACGAACAGCUUCAGGAGAAGAUCAAUUCUAUACUCACAAGUAUUCCAGCACGCAUCCGUCUCAGCUCGACUCCCGCAUAUGAUUCAGAUCAGCGAUCUACGAUCUCCUCGAUAUCUGCAUCAAAGAGAGAAAGGCUUGGUUCGAGAUCUCCCUUUUCGACACCGAGUCGGAGCAGCACGCCAACCCCGUCGCUUACUCUGGCACCAGCUGCGUCACGGCCUAGACGUACGCAUGCUCACACAAACGAGGAGAAGACGCUAUUCGUGCGCUCCGUCGGUGAGGAUGGGGAACGAGUAAUGGUACGAGUUGGAGGUGGUUGGGCUGAUCUUGGAGAAUACCUGAGAGAAUACGUCCACCAUCAUGGACGCCGAGCAGUUUCAAGCUCCCGCGUCGAGGUUCAAGAUCUUCCAACCCAGGGCUCUCCUGCAAUGUCUUCUCCUGGUUCUACGUUAACACCUAGUACCGAUAACGGUCGUAGCACGCCGCUGUCCCGCCCAGCUUCAGUUAUGAGCAAUCGCCCAUCCUCGUCUCUUUCUGUUCACAAGAGACGACCUUCUAAAGCCGCCUCGGAUAUAGGAGAGCUGACAAAUGAACAUACACCAUCAGAAUCUGAUCCAUCUUCUCGUCGUUUGUCUGUUGCGUCGAUGAAUUCCGUCAGCUUCUCCGUCGCAGGAGAUGGUGCAAACGGACAUUCUCCGUAUACGGGUUCCUCAAGGCAUUCAACUCCCUUGGGUCUAGCUGGUCCCACGCCUCGCUCCAGACGUAUGUCGAUGAGUCCAGAGAGUGAGGCCUGGGUGGAAGGCGUCAUAGGCCAAGCAAGAAGGACAUCGUCUUCCGCGAAGACGCAAAAGCACGGCGAGAGUCGAAUGGAUCGAGAGUUUACCGGGAUUAGAACUUUGAGGGACCCAAAUCCCAGGAGUGCCAGUGACAUUGGCACGGGUCUCAACAAACGAGUCUUACUGCGCGGACUUGGCGGCAAGCUGGACCAUGAGUGA